AUGUCGCUGAGGACGGCUGCUGCGCGUUUCGCCCCCGCGGUGCGGGCGCAGGGGCUCGUCCCCGCUGCCGGGCGCUUCAUGUCGAUCGAGAAGACGUAUAAGGACCGGGAGUCGGCGGCGGAGAACGUCUACUUCAGCCACGAGGAGCACGAGGCCCUGCGGAAGCUCGCAGCGAAGCUCAAGGAGCAGGCAGCUGCCAAGGAGUCGACCAAGGCGGUGCAGGUGCACGCCCAGGAGAAGCACGAGGCGGCGCAGCUGCUCGGGAAGCACGGCAUCAAGGCCACGGACGCUGCUCUGGAGGACCUCGUGGCGUGGAAGCACUCCUGA